AUGUUCUUCUACGUGUUUUUGCGAUCCUUGGAGUUUUCGGGUGAUGGUUUAUUCCUCAUCACUUGUGCAGCUGCAACGUACGUUGCGCCCAAAUCCAAACUCACACCUGAGGUUCGCAUUUUUUUUUUCAACCUCUUCAUGGCCUAUGUCUUUGACAUGAUUUUUGUAUCCAUCGUUAAGAAGAUUGUCCGCCGACCGCGACCAGUUUACAACCGCAAUCACUUUCUGACGAUGCAAGUGGAUCAUUGGUCAUUUCCUAGCGGCCAUUCCACACGGGCCUUGUUGGUAUACACAACUUUUUGGCUCUACAUUCCAAUGUGGAGAGACCAGUCACAUCGAUCAUGGUUACCAUAUCUCCAGCAAAAACUUGAGAGGCGGGUGAACAUAUUGAAUGAAUUUGUGCCUACCGCAGAGGCCAUUCUUAUAAAUUUGAUUGCGAGUAUAGUCACUGGCUGGGCCAUCGCCACAACUUCCUCCCGUAUCAUCCUGGGGCGGCACUUCUUCUGUGAUGUCAUUGCAGGUGCGCUCCUAGGUGUUAUUGAAGCUGUCUUCGCUUACUAUUUCCUGACUAUUCCUAUUGGCACAUCAGAGGCCGUUCACCGGAAAAUCACUGGCGCUUUCGGUUGGGUUGAGAAUUCAACUUCGCAGAUAUUUCAUGGAAAGAAGCUACUUGUUCACGAAAUGGCCAAGAGAUAA